AUGGCGCCUGCCAAUGACGCAGUCUUCCUGCGCCGCAACAACCAGGUUCAAGAUGCCAUUGACGGGCAGAAUCUGAAGCAGGCGCUGCAGCUCGUCGAGAAGCGCAUGAAAAAAGGCGAGGACACGCGGUUCCUGAAGGCAUGGAAGGCGCAUAUCCUCUUCCUUCACGCGGAUGAUGCCCAUAAACAGCGCGGAAUCGCCGAGACCCUCGAGCUUUGUAACGCCGAGCCCCCUACUACCGACCUCGACACCUUGGAGAAGCUGUUCCUGACUCUGCAGAAGCUAGACGGACACGGUGAGACCAGGAGCAGUCUAUGGGAAAAAGCCGCCAAGGUAAAGCCGCAGGUAUUGGAUAUCCAGCUAGAGUGGUUCACGACGUCGUUUGAAAGCAAUGACUGGAAGUCGGCGCAGAAGGCAGCGAUGAGUCUCCAGAAAAACUUCCCCAAGGAGCGGAAAUAUUACUUCUGGGCUAUCGUUCUCACACAUUUGCUGGCAACGGAUGCCGCGAGCUCAGAGACGGAGCGCAAGCUUUUUGGAACAUUGGCGUACCGAAUGAUCUCAAAGGCAGCUGCCGACGUUCCUGUCAAUCCGGCCGAUCUGUUGAGCCAUCCGCGCGCGAUCCAGAGUUCCGAGGAACUGCGAUUACUUGUCAAGAUCUUCGAGUCACAGAAGCAGCAUGCCGAAAUCGUCAAGAUUCUGGAUAGCAAAAAUCUUGGUCUCAAAUCUCGCAUUGUCCGGCGAGACAAGAAUUUCCUCAUCUGCAAAGCCACGGCCUUGGCAUCUGGAGGGCUGUGGGAAGAAGGCCUAGCUUUCGUGAAGGAUCUUUACACUGUCAACGAGGAUGGAAAAAUCAAGAAAAACCUUCGUGAAAUCGAUGAUUGGGGCAUCUGGAGUCUGCUGGUUGAAGCAGUACGGAACAUCAAAACUCCUGGAAUUGCUGCUGAAACACAAAAGUUUAUCGAGGAGUUCAUCAAGGCCCAACCUAAAUCCCGCAAUGCGGCUCUGGCUCACGUUGACUCGGCCUUCCUGGGAAUGCAACUCGGAGAAAUGACUCCGGAUGAUGUCCUUUCAGCCUGCCAGAGAUAUGCGGAUCAACACAAGCACAAACUCUAUGUCUUUGGCGAUCUCCGAAGAGCAUUGGCUGAUGACAGAAAUGCUAUGUCGAAAAUUGCAGACUACCUUGCGAAUUGCAAGCAAGAUGACAAUAAUUCCAUCGUCCCCAUGAUAAACUCCCUCAAGUUGUCUUACUGCCUGAAUAUCUCAGGCGCCGAAGACGGCUCUUCCAAAGAUAAAGUUGAGGCUUUUGUUAGCCAGUGCAUGAAACUUUAUCAGUCCUGCGCUGGUAAUGGAAGCCCGGAAAAGACCAAGGAGGAGAAAGAAUCCGCUUCCGCUACUGAAAGCCAACCUAGAGAUGAUCUGUGCAUUCUUGCUGCUAUGGCCUUUCUUCGCGCAAGCGAAACUGGUGAGACUCAAGCGCGAGUCCCAGAUUCGGCUCUCAUUCGCGCUGCUGGCAUUCUGGAACGGCUUCUGCUAGACUCGCCACAUAACUACCAGGCUCGCUUGCUCUUGAUUCGCAUUUAUCUUCUCCUCGGUGCUGGCUCUCUUGCCAUGAGCACUUUCAGCAAGCUUUCCGUCAAACAGAUCCAGUAUGAAACUGUUGCUCACAAUCUUUUUACCCGCCUCGCUACUAUCCAUCCUCACUCUGCGCCGCCGGUCGAAGGCGCUGAGUACAAGGACUUUGACCCGCAAGCGGCGUUCGUUCAAGGCCUCAACUUCUACCGCAACUCUGAGGUAUCAACUCUCAAGUUCCGCACUCGUUGCAUGAAUGAGGGAAGCUUUGUCAAUGCGGAAGAAAUGGUUCAGCUGCGGGAACGUCUCAGGAACAGUAUCUGUCGCAGAAUGAUGGCACUUGAAGUGCGGCGCUCACAGAGGCUGGCUGGCGGCGACCCCAUGACUCGUUAUGAUGAUAUCGCUCGUAAUAUCUCACCCGCCACAGACAACCGAGAUUACGAUGUGUUCAUGGACUGCGAAUACCCGGGAAACCCCACAUUUGAAGAGAGAAUGCGCGUGGGACCGAUUCCAAAGGAAAAUUGGCUGGCUUCUGGCAGAGUCACCGACCAAAUGUAUAGCGUGCUCAAGGGCAUUGCUUUGCAGAGACCACUCGCACCUGAGAUGGACCUACCCGCCAUCGAGAACCUUGCCAUCUCCGAGGGGGUAGAUGAUGAGACAGCCACCGAGAAGGAGGCAGCCAAGAUUCACACAGAGGUGCUUAAGGUCGCAGUCUUCAUGGCCGGGUCGAAGACCACCACCCUUGCACAAGCCGACAAAUCUCUUGGGGUAGUGGAGGACUGGCUAAACCUGAAGAAAAAAGACCUGACGCUCGACACUUCCGACGUUUCGCCGCUCAUUGCUACCACCGCUUUCUACCUAUCCGAUGUGCCGACUGCGCCCACCUGGAGAUUCUUCCACUCUGUCUUCACGCUGCUGGACACACUGAAGGCUCUUUCUCAGCUCGCUACUCUGUCUUCCAGAAAGGGGUCAAAGGCCGUGAAGCUCCCCAAGGACCGCGUGGACCGGCUGUCUGCUUUGGUCACUGACAUCUUUGAACUCGUCCGGACUAACGCCAAAGCGCUGAAGCAGCGCGUCUCCACAUCGGGUGUGCUCAAUGGCCUGAUCAACCUUGUUGGUCAUGGUGACCCCUCUAUCAAAUACAGCCAAGAGCUCCAGCAAGCCUUGGAAGCCACCUUGGAUGGAUCGGCACUGGAGGUGUUCUGCGGUUCUCUGAUGGAGAGCUGGGAGGAAGCCCUGGAUGGAGUCAUGGGCGUGAGAAUCUAA